CUGACGUGUAGGGGUUAUUCAGAUUGAUGUGUUGCUCACUUUUUGAUGCCGAACUAUUGGGAUUAAAAGACUCGACUUUAGAAAGGUGUGUGAGAGGGCAGUCCGCUCCGUGGACGGUGCUAUUUAAAACGUUUGACAUGCGUGAGCCUGCAACAGCAGCUCGGGCUAAAUGAUUUGCGACUGAUUCAUAAUGACACAGAUGAGUGUGGAAGUGGAAAGAAAAUUUGUGUCCAACGCUGACACUCUAAAAACACUGGAGGAGAUCGGGGUGUGUGUUGGUCAGUGCCAGUUUCGUGACAAGUACUUUGACACCCCCAAGUUCGACCUGACUCUGAAAGACAUGUGGCUGCGUAAACGUCAAGGAUGCUGGGAGCUGAAGUGCCCAACAACAGGCAACAGGACAAAAGAGUCAUCUGGAGAACAAUCUAAAGCGGCAGCAUUGUGUUCUCGCUACAGGGAGAUAACCGAUCUGCCUGAAAUUCAACAGAGAGUGAGAGAGGUCAUAAAAGACAUUUGCAAGGAUAGAGAGACAGAGGCCAGCCCCCCUCAGGAGGACGAGUCUUGGCUGAGCGAAAUAAAUCUGGUGUGCUUUGCUGAUUUUACAACAGUGCGGCAGUCCUUCACUUUAGAGGAGAAGGGGGUGCAGAUAGAUCUGGACCAAGCUGACUUUGGCUACCAUGUGGGAGAGAUAGAGGUCCUAGUUCCAGAGGGAGGAGAUGUGCAGUCUGCUUUGGAGAAGAUCGAAAGAACGGCUGGAAAACUGGGUCUGACUGGAGAUCAGCGAGUUGAAGGAAAAAUGAAUGUUUACCUUCAAAGAAAUCACCCAGAGCACUAUGCAAAACUACUGAGCGAACAUGUUUUGUAACAUGUUAUAAGUUUCACAUAUUUUAAAUCUGUGAAAUUUACGUAAAACAUUUUUUUUCGUUUGUAUCUCAAAUACUCAUACUAUUUAUUUAUCUUUUAAAGCUAAUUCCAUGCAUUCAGUAUUUCUUAUCUAAAGAAUCUCUCAAUUCAAUCACUGUACAGACCUGAAUCUUUCAGGACACUUCCUGAAUUAGAAGCCUUAGAAAAACUGCAAUAGGCCCUUGAAAUGUACCCUUGGAAGGGUACUCAACGGCUGUGUCCGGUACACCACAUGCAACAGUUAUAUUUCUGUCCGGCUAUAAAGCAUAUGAGAGGAAGUGUGAAUACUGGAAAUAAAUAAGGUGCCACACUGUCGUUUCCCUAUUAA